GGAAACGGAGCUGGCGGUCUCACGGCCGUGGCAGAGAGAACGAGGACCGCGUUCCGCCGAGGUGGUGCAGUUUCGCAAAGUGUCGCGUAGUGUAGUGUUUUACUUCCUUCUCUUCUCGCCACCACCCCUCUCCCUCUACCCCCGCGUGUCGAGUGCAGUGUGUAUCGAUGAGGCCGCCUGUACCUCCCCCCUGAUGAACCGAGCAGUGUGCAUUUAGUACAAGGACCGAGAAUACCUGGGAACGCUUGAGAAGCACGUCCCCCGAGACUCCCCCGAUCAAAAUCACUCGCCUAACCUUCCCCCCGUCCUCCUCGCCCUCCUCCUUUCCCUCCGCAAGUACCGAGAAGAUAUCUCAUCGAAACCGCAGGACCCGUAACCACGCGAUGGACGGUAUGGACAACAAGCCGGUGCUGAACGAUGAUCCAUCGGUCACCCUGACCAUCCGCCUGAUUAUGCAGGGCAAAGAAGUCGGUAGCAUUAUCGGAAAAAAAGGAGAGAUCGUCAAGAGGUUCCGCGAAGAGUCCGGCGCGAAAAUCAACAUCUCCGACGGUUCCUGCCCGGAGCGGAUAGUGACUGUCACCGGGCCGACGAACUCGAUCUUCAAGGCGUUCACGUUGAUAUGCAAGAAGUUUGAGGAAUGGUGCUCCCAAUUUCACGACAUGCAGGGUGGCGGUGCCGGCGGUGGCGGCGGUGUGUCGAGGCCACCCAUCACGCUCAGACUGAUAGUCCCCGCUUCGCAAUGCGGCUCUUUGAUCGGCAAGGGUGGUUCCAAGAUCAAGGAGAUUCGGGAGGUCACCGGUGCCUCCAUCCAAGUCGCUUCCGAGAUGCUGCCUAAUUCGACGGAACGCGCAGUAACCAUAUCCGGUACCAGCGAGGCGAUCACGCAAUGCAUAUAUCAUAUCUGCUGCGUUAUGCUAGAGUCCCCUCCCAAAGGUGCCACGAUCCCUUAUCGCCCCAAACCCCAAGUCGGUGGGCCAGUGAUCCUGGCUGGUGGGCAAGCCUACACCAUCCAGGGUAAUUACGCGGUGCCCGCCCACUCGGACGUAAGUACAGUAUUACCAUUGCCCGCGCCCGCUGCCGGGCCCGCUCCACCCUCGCUGAACACCCAAACUUUGGCGACCUCGCCCUUCGCGGCUCACCCCUCGUCCUCGGCCUUUGCCGCUUCUCACGGGCACCCGCUCCUAUCCACGGCCCACCUUACGACCCCCCAUCAUCCUCUCCAUCCGAGCCCCUUACACGCCAGCGUGGCAGGCCUCGCCGACCCCCUGCUGAAGAGUGGACACUUGCAGGCAGCCCUCCCGCCCGCACACCUCGUGGCAGACGCCAUGGGCAAACUGGGCAGCAAUCCUUUGGCUGGACUGGCAGCCUUGGGUCUCGGCGGACUCGCAACACCAGCGAACACAGGUGGUCUUAAUCCAGCAGCGUUAGCUGCAUUGGCUGGGAGCCAGCUGCGUACGAGCAACACAAACAGGCAGCAACCGGCGGCGAACAAUCAGACACACGAGAUGACCGUGCCAAACGAGCUGAUCGGUUGCAUCAUCGGAAAAGGCGGUACCAAAAUCGCCGAGAUCCGUCAGAUCUCGGGCGCCAUGAUCAGAAUCAGCAACUGCGAGGAAAGGGAGGGCGGAGCAACGGAUCGUACCAUCACCAUAACCGGGAAUCCGGACGCCGUGGCGUUAGCACAGUAUCUCAUCAAUAUGAGUGUCGAACUGCAGAAAGCUAACCUAGAGGCCCAAAAUACCCAAACCCCUGGCAGCGGUACCACUCCCGGAGCAUCCGGAGCCAGUGCUUCCCCCUCUACCACCACAACCACUGCCUCUCCUUUGGCCAGCGCCAUUCCCUUGGCUCAGCUGCUAAGCAAGCCAGGCGCCCUCAACGCCCUAUCUAGCCUGACCGCCCUCGGCGGACUCACGGAAUUGCUAGGUGGUGCUGCUGGCGCGGCUGCAUCCGCACUCCCGGUCCAGACCACCGGCGUGCACCGAUCGCACAAGACCUUUACGCCGAGGCUUCGUAGCCCGGGCGCUCCAGGCCCGACCGACAGCGGCAAGUUCAAGUCCGAGCGAACCAAGUACAAUCCUUAUUGAACAAACGGACUGGAAAAAGCGGCGGAAUGAUGUGUUACAGUGGGAAAACACUACACACAUCUACAUCUAUACGUAGCGAGUACUUGUAUAACACUCAAGUUAAACGUGCGUACGGACGCCAGGGUAGCGAGUAUAAAGACUUGGCGAAGGAUCUAUAUUUGUUGUUUUUGUUAAUAGUAAUAUUAAAAAUGAUUGUUAAAAUGAGGAAGCAUAUAUAUUUUUUUUAUAUGGAUAUAAGUCGAUGUAGAAUCAGAGAGAAUAAUUUUUUUGCGAAAAAUUUUUGACAACCAUGAUCAAUGAUUAAUCUCGGUCGAUCAAAAGGUUAAUUUGUUGAGAAAAUAACGAUGCUUCACUUACUCGUAUUCAUGAUUAAGUUUCUCCUAAACAUCACUGUACGGAAACAUUUUGUAGAAUUUUUAUUUGUUUUUUUUUUUUUUUCUUUUUUUAGAUUUUUACAUUAGCUUUGGAUAGGGAGGAAAGAAGAUUGAUGGAAAAAAUUGAAAUUUUUUAUGUUAUUAGGGAAACCGAUCAAAUCUAUAUGAUCCAAUGCUAAGUCUUAAAAACAUAUACUAUCGUGACACGCCCUCCGAGAUCGACGCGGUCGCGUAAAGACUGAUUGUACAAGUAACGAAAAUGUAACGGAAAUCAUUAAUAAUCAAUUCUUUUGGGAUUUCUUACGAUUAUAUAACAUAAAAUUGUAUUCGACAUUUGCGUUUCAUUUUGUACAAGCGAUUUUUGGUAUGAACGCUCGGAGGACGCGAUCGCUCAUGCACCGUCGCAAAGACAGCCUUUUUUGAUAUAAAACUAUAUAAAUAUAUAUAUAUAAUUAUUAUGAUUAUAUUAACAUAAUUAUGAUUAUAAUAUUAUUAUGAAUUUAAUUGAUUACUGUUUGAGCAAAAACUAUUAUUCUAGUGUAGCUAUUCCGAUGUGAUUUUUUUCUCAUAGUAGAUAAAAAUUUUAUCAAUAGAUAAAAAAAGAAAGUUUUGCGCGAGUGAAAAAACAAUGUGUGUGAAAAAGCACAGAGAGGUGGAAGGGAAAAUGCGUGAAAGGUAUCAUCUUGAAUCAUGUGUUUAUCAUUCUUUAUAAGUCAUAUUGAAAGAAUGCACCACAUCAUGUAACGUGUUUCGAAUGACUUUUGCAGUCUUCUUUCUUAUUAAUAAAAUAAAAAAAGAAAAAAAAAAGAAGAACGAUCUGCAACCGAGCGAUCGGAGAAAAUUUAUUACGGCACGAGCAUGAAGAAUUUUGCGAAGCAUUAUACGUAUAACCGAUCAUCGCUAUUUGAAAUAUUCAAUCAAGCUAUACACACAUAGUGAUUGUAUUGUUGUAACGGUAAUUACACUUAAUCCUUAUGCAUCUGUGCUCGCGAGACAAGCGAGAUCUAUACAGUUUCGCGUGUAAAUUACGUUUUUUGUGAAAUCAAACUAAAAUAAAACACUAUAUAAAUAUAUAAACAUUAAAGACACAAUCAGAUUUCUAAUUCCACAGUAAUUCAAUCGUCUUGUUAGUCUAAUGUUCUGUAAGAAUAAAAAAAAAAUAAUGAAAAAAAAUACGAAAUCAUCUAGUCGCAAAAGAAUGUUCGAUCAGCUAAAUCUAAGCAAUUGCGGGGGAAAAGAGCGAGAAAACUUUCCGACUGUUCGAGGUGCGUGUCUCAUCGCUGAUAAAUGAUCGAUAAGAUUCGGAGUCGCCAAGAUAAGUGUUUAUGUGCUCAAUACUAGUUUUUAGCGAAACAUGUGUAUACUUACAAGUACGCACGACCGAUCGGAAAAUAUACAAUCGCGUAAUCACAAUUCUGAGAAAUUCAUUUCGUUUGUAGAAAAAAGUAUUAUACUUUCGCUCGAAUCAAUCCAUGAUCGCGAGAUAUCUUCAUUGCGUUCUCGAUUUUAAAUUGUAUCGUUUCGUUCUAUUUCUUUCUCGAUCGACAAUAAUAAAACUCCGACUAGCUAAGCAACUAUUCACGGUUCAAAGGAAAGGAAAAGUCGCGAGAGAGAUCGACGAUGCAUCAGAGAAUACGCAGUGCUCCGUAGUUGUAUCAGGUGAAGCGAUGCGUAGAAAUCAAGAAAUGUCAUUUCAAAUGCAAGGGCAAAAUCCAAACACGUGUGAAAAUUUGAUAUAAUUUUCAGAAUUUCACAAAUUUUUGCUCCAUCUCAUUGUUUCAUCUAAGACUAUUGUUACUUGUCAGUAAUAAUUAAAUUACCUGGAACAGUAAAUGAAAAUCUACUAAACUUCUCUAUUAAGAUACUCUCGAUUAAUUUAAAAGAGAGCUAUCGCUACGCCUGGUACUUCUAUAUCAUCGUGCAUAAAAUCUUACAGGCAAAUAAUCUUCAACUGUACAUUAGUCUCUAUAACAAUGUCGCAGAGCUUAUAAUGCUUAACUAUCAGACUUUAGCUUUGUGUCCUGUAUCAUCUUGUUAAAUAAAUAAAGCUAGGCGUGUUUAAUAGAGAGUAAGAGAAAAUACAAUACCGAAUAAACCAAAA